CAUCCGAAAACCGCCGCCUGGAGAGUGACGUCAUUUCUACCGACGCGUCGGCGCGUGUGCGCAUGCGCAGUGUCACAUCACAGUGGACAUCUUGGAAUUAAAGGGGCGCCGAGCGAAUCCUGACAAAAGCAACAAUUCCAGGCCGCUCGUCUGCUAGAUCAUGUCCACGAUGGUGUAUCCUCGUGAUGAGAAGCUGGAGAAGCUGUCGCAGGAGGAGAUCAUCUCCAACACCAAGCUGGUGAUCCAGGGUCUGGAGGCGCUGAAGAACGAGCACAACUCCAUCCUGCACAGCCUGCUGGAGACCAUCAAGUGCCUGAAGAAGGAUGAGGAGGCCAACGUGGUGCACGAGAAGUCCAACCUGCUCAGGAAGUCGGUGGAGAUGAUCGAGCUGGGACUGGGCGAGGCUCAGGUGAUGAUGGCUCUGUCCAACCAUCUGAACGCGGUGGAGUCGGAGAAGCAGAAGCUGCGCGCUCAGGUGCGUCGUCUCUGUCAGGAGAACCAGUGGCUGCGGGACGAGCUGGCGAACACACAGCAGAAGCUGCAGAAGAGCGAGCAGAGCGUCGCACAGCUGGAGGAGGAGAAGAAACACCUGGAGUUCAUGAACCAGCUCAAGAAAUACGACGAGGACGUGUCGCCUUCGGAGGAGAAGGACGGUGAGCCGCCCAAGGAUUCUCUUGAUGAUCUGUUUCCUAACGACGAGGAGGAACACACUCAAGGAAUGCAGCACAACCAGCACAACAGUGCGGCGGUGGCGGCGGCUCAGCAGGGCGGCUACGAGAUCCCGGCGCGCCUCCGAACGCUCCAUAACCUGGUGAUCCAGUACGCGUCUCAGGGCCGCUACGAGGUGGCCGUGCCGCUCUGCAAACAGGCUCUGGAGGAUCUGGAGAAAACCUCCGGACACGACCACCCCGACGUGGCCACCAUGCUCAACAUCCUGGCGCUCGUGUACAGGGAUCAGAACAAAUAUAAAGAGGCCGCUCACCUGCUGAACGACGCUCUCUCCAUCAGAGAGAAAACACUGGGCAAAGACCAUCCUGCUGUUGCAGCCACUCUCAAUAAUCUGGCAGUGCUGUACGGGAAGAGAGGAAAGUAUAAGGAGGCCGAGCCGCUGUGCAAACGAGCCCUGGAGAUCCGAGAGAAGGUGCUGGGGAAGGAUCAUCCUGAUGUGGCGAAGCAGCUGAAUAAUCUGGCGCUGCUGUGUCAGAAUCAGGGCAAGUAUGAGGAGGUGGAGUAUUAUUACUGCAGAGCGCUGGAGAUCUACGAGUGUCGGCUCGGCCCGGACGACCCCAACGUGGCCAAAACCAAAAACAACCUGGCCUCCUGUUUCCUCAAACAAGGCAAAUACAAGGAAGCCGAGGUUCUGUACAAAGAGAUUCUGACCCGCGCUCACGAGAAGGAGUUUGGAUCGGUGGACGCCGAAAACAAGCCCAUCUGGAUGCACGCGGAAGAGAGAGAGGAGAUGAGCAAGGGGAAGCACAGAGACAACACUCCAUACGGGGAAUACGGAGGAUGGUACAAAGCCUGUAAAGUCAACAGCCCGACGGUCAACACGACGCUGAGGAAUCUGGGCGCUCUGUACCGCAGACAGGGCAAGAUGGAGGCGGCGGAGACGCUGGAGGAGUGCGCCACGAGAUCCCGCAAACAGGGUCUGGACCCGGUCCAUCAGACGCGUGUGGUGGAGAUCCUGAAGGAGGACGGCAGCGCUGAGCGGCGGCGCAGCAGGGACAGUCUGUCCAGCGUAAAGUACGAGAGCGGCUCUGAGGGCGGCGAUGAAGCAUAAAGCCAUCAAGAGUUUCCUUCAUCUUGUUCCUCCUCACACAGGAAGGGCCGUGUUUGUUUGUUUCCUCUGGACGUUGAUCCUGUGGCGUUGGGGGUGUCCGUUAGUCGUCAGAGGGACGCGUCUCUCCUCAAUCCUGCUUCUUCUUUUCUUUCUUCGGUCGACGUCGUCUUUGGGCUCUUCAUCUGUUUCUCUCUCAUCUCCGAUCGAUGUCGACACUUUCAUCCGCCGUUUCCUUCAUCGUGACCUCGCCGAUGAUGUCCGAACUUUCAGACUGAAGUGUUAAUUCUGCAGAUGUGAUGGUUUUUGCUCUUUUUGCCGUCUGUGGGUUUGAGCAGCUUCUGCUGGUGAACGAUCACUGUUGGUGUUUCACAGAAACCUGCUCUUGAUACUUUUUGUUAUGUUUUUUGUAAUAUAUGAUAAAUGAUGAGUUGAUGUUGCUUGAGGACGAAUGCGACGCAUCCAAAACCGAACAACACAAGACAAACGUCACAGACGCUUUCUCUUUAGGUGGUGUUUUAUUUCACAAUCUCUUGUGCUCCAGUGUCAAAGUUUCCUUUUCAGUGUUCACCAUUAGCUCUUGCAGCGGGUUUUAAUGCAUUAGUCAGCAGUGGAUAUACUCCUGAAUUAUAUAGCAAAUAUCUAUGGAAUCAUGGAAUAAAAAUAUAAAAGGGAUUUGUGACUUUGUAUCUCACAAUUCUGACUUCAUAUGUGACACUGGAGCACAAAACCAGUCAUUAAGUGUCACGGGUAUAUUUGCAGCAAUAGCCAGAAAUACAUUGUAUGGGUCAAAAUGAUUGAUUUUUCUGUUAUGCCACAAAUCAUUAAGAUAUUAAGUAAAGAUCAUGUUCCAUUUGUAAAUAAUUUUUGAUUAGUAAUAUGCAUUGCUAAGAACUUCAUUUGGACAACUUCAAAGGCGAUUUUCUCAGUAUUUAGAUUUUUUUUUUGCACCCUCAGAUUCCAGAUCCAGACCCUUAUGACUGGUUUUGUGCUCCAGGGUCACAUAUGAGAUAUAAACUCAGAAUUGCAAAAAAAAAAAAAAAAAAAAAAAAAAAAAAAAAAAUGGCGAAACUAGGAUAUAAACCUGUGCAAUUCUGAGAAUAAAAUCUGAAUUGUGAGACAGAGCUCAGAGUUGCAAAAUAUACUCAUAAUUACAGAAUAUUAACUCAUUAUUGUGAAAUAUAAACUCAGAAUUUCUAACAAGCUUAGAAUUAUUAACUUAUUAACUUAUAAUUGUGCAAUAAAGUCUGAAUUGCGAAGCAAACUCAAAAUUGUGAGAUAUAAAUUUAUAUUUGCAAAAUAAACUUAUAAUUGCAAAAUAUAAUCUCAGAACUGCAAACAAAUUUAAAAUUGUAAAAUAAACUCAGAAUUGAAUGAAAAAGGUCUGAACUGUGAGAUUAAAAGUUGCAGUUACUUUUUUUUUAAAUCUGAAGGCAUAAACAAGCAUAUGUAUCAGUUAAUUACACUAGCGAGAAGUGCUUCUGAUCGAAUCCACAUGUUCAUAUUUGAGCUGUAAAGGGAGCAGUGUUCAGCCGUCAGUGUUCAGAGAGCCAGAACAUUUCAGACACUGGUUUGUGAACGUGAGGUUUGAUCACAUUUGAUGAAGCGAAGAGUGUUUUUGUGAGCGAUUCUGCUGCAGUAAAUCGUUUCAUUGAGCUUGUUGAAUGCGUUGAAGGCCAAACGCAGAGACUCACGCUCCGUGAAAAGCCUUAAAGACGCGGCGCAGCAGCUGACGUGACUGUUAAAUGACUGAAUGUGCUGUGAGUUCAGUGCACGUGUCACAUGAUGUUUAUUCCCCAUUUUCACUAACCAUGAUAGUUUGAUUCAUUCCAAACACACACGUGAUGAUGAUGAUGAUGAUGAUGAAGAUGAAGAUGAUGCAGUACAAAACGAACAAAUGUUUCUCUUAAUAACUGACGUGUUUAUGGCGUGUCGUGGAUUGCUGCGUAUUUAUUGAUGGUUUAUCUUUGUUUUAAUGCGAGCGUUGUGUUCACUGUCACAGUGAGUAGAUCUACAGUAAAUAUAUGUGAACGUGUUCCUCCACUGCAUUGUGACGUUGGUUGAUAUUCUCAUUCUCAAUAAAGGUUUAUUCUCAUG